GCUAGAGGGCGCUGUGUGGCGUUCAGCAGGAGAGCGCGUGAGCGAGUGUGUUUGGAUCACUGUUGACAUUCUGGCCUGCCAACAACCAUAUGAGCGCGUACGAAGCAGUUUGAAGCCUAUAAUUUCACUCAGCUGUAAUGUCAUUGGGGCUACAUUAUAUACCAGGACCAAAGCACGCAAUCUAAUGUAAUGGUGUAAUUGAAACAGAUCUUAAGAUGCUGCUCUCUUUGGGGAUGCUGAUGCUCUCUGCCACACAGAUUUACACCAUAUUCACGGUUCAGAUAUUUGCCUUCCUCAAUCUUCUGCCCGUGGAGGCUGAUAUAUCAGCUUAUUCAUUCGACAAUAAAACAGAGAACUUUGAUGACCUACCUGCUCGAUUUGGCUACAGGCUGCCCAGUGAAGGACUGAAGGGCUUCCUGAUCGGUGCCCAUCCUGAGAAUGCCUGUGUGCCGAUCGAUCCUCCACCGCUGAGGGACAACCUCACCAGCGCCUUCAUCGUGCUGAUCAAGCGCUUCGACUGUAACUUUGACAUCAAGGUCCUCCAUGCGCAGAAGGCAGGCUACAAGGCAGCGAUUGUCCACAAUGUGGACUCUGAUGACUUAAUCAGCAUGGGAUCCAAUGAUCUGGAUAUUCUGAAGCAGAUAGACAUUCCAUCAGUGUUUAUUGGUGAAGAAGCGGCCAACUCUCUCAAAGAGGAUUACAUCUAUGAGAAAGGUGGUCAUGUGAUUCUCAUGCCAGACUUCAGUUUGCCUCUGGAAUAUUACCUGAUCCCAUUCCUCAUCAUCGUUGGAAUCUGCCUCAUCCUUAUUGUAGUUUUCAUGAUCACAAAGUUCGUACAGGACAGACAUAGAGCCAGGAGAAGUCGCUUACGCAAGGACCAGCUGAAGAAACUCCCUAUUCACAAGUUUAAGAAAGGUGAUUCCUAUGAUGUUUGUGCCAUUUGUUUGGAUGAGUAUGAAGAAGGAGACAAGCUUCGGGUCCUGCCGUGCUCACAUGCCUAUCACUGCAAGUGUGUUGACCCAUGGCUGACCAAAACCAAGAAGACCUGUCCGGUGUGCAAGCAGAAAGUUGUGCCGUCUGAUGGCGACUCAGAUUCUGAGUCCGAUUCUGGUGACAGCGGCGGCGAGGAGAACGAUGUUUCGGAAAACACGCCCCUGCUGCGAUCUCUGGCCUCUACUAGCGCCCAUUCCUUUGGCACCAUGUCCGGCUCGCCGUCCCAGCAUGAAGUGGAGUCAUCGGACUAUGACGAGCACACUGACACUACCGAUAGCGAGGAAGAGGUCACCGUGGAAACUGUUGUUGUACAGCUGCAGCAGGGGUGUCCGGACGACAUGGAGGCCAAUGCCUAAAUGUCAGCCAACGAUAACUCAGACUCUUAAGAAAUUCCAAUACAUUUCACGAUCACUUAAAAUGUAUCGUUUGAAAUCUGUUUAACAUACACCGUGUGCAGCGAUACUAUACAGCAACAUAUAUAUAUAUAUAUAUAUAUAUAUAUAUAUAUAUAUAUAUAUA